CUCGUGGACACGGCGGGGGAGUGGCUGGACUGCAGCGCAGAGCUCAAUCUUGUGACCAAUCGAUGCUCAGGAGAACUUGCUCAAGCUCCGUGAAGAUGUGGCUCUCUUCUUUUCAGCAGUCCACUCUUGUUUUUGUUCUGUGUGUGGUGUGCACCGUGCAUGUCCAAGGGCAACAACCGCCUCCCCAACAAGGUUGCACAACGACGCAGCAAUGUCCGACCAAAGCGCCGUUUAUGAUGGCCGAAAUCACCGAAGACGACACCUUCCGCAAGAUUGCGACCGACACCUGUCCUCCUUACGAUAAUCCCGAAUGGACCAACCCCAACUCUGCCUGCCAAUUCAGCAAGAUCUACAACAUCCCCCUCAAGCCAACGUUUGCAAAGGUGCCCAUUCCACUGGGAGAAAAGGACACCGUGUUUUUAACAACAUCACCUACUUGAAAGAAGACCCAAGGCCCAUCUUUGGAGCUAUAGGAGUUCUUAUAAACGGAGUUGAAGUAUUUGGAGUCGGAUCUCCAUGUGGAUUUUCAUCUCUUUGUCCUGAUGCUGGGGCGCCCACUGAGUAUGUUGAUGCUGUUGAAUCGGAGGGCCACACAGUGGACCCGUGUGCUGGCCAUGCAGCACCCACAGGUUCCUACCACAUCCACUCAGGACUGGGGAUCAACACCACGGAGCAGAGAGAGGCUUGUCGGCUACCGGUGGACAUCAAUGGGGAGCAUUCGCAGCUCCUCGGUUGGAUGUUUGAUGGGUUUGGAUUCUACGGCCGCUACUCACUGGAAGGAAAAGUCCCCACUGACCUGGACGAGUGCAGCGGACACACCCACGAGAUUGACGGAGAGUCAACCUACCACUACCACCUUCCCGACCAGUUCCCCUGGACCAUCGGUUGCUACAAGGGUUGCCCUGAGGUCUCCAACAAUGAGAAUGAGCUCAGGUCUAUUGAGUCUAACCCAGACUACGGCUGCCCCGAAGGUGUUACAAUGACUGAAGAAACACCCUACUACUGCUGGAGCUAGGAGCACCAGUGACCUUGGUGUAAUCUCCCUGAUCCUCCUCUUAUGUCUUGGAGCAAUAAUGAACCUGUUUACGAAAUAGACUAUGUUACGAAAAAAGUUAAGUUGAUGUGGGAGCUCUCUAGAGACUGAGUAAUUGCAGUAGUGUGCAUAACUUGCCUCAAGAUACUUUAAUUUAUACAUUCCUAUUGUGGUGUAUGUCAGAUAAUAAAUGAU